AUGCAGGAACAAGACCUGCAGGCAAGAACACGAACACGAACGCCACCGGUGGUGGGAAUUAUUCCAACGGGAGCAGCAGCUCCUGCAGAUCCACCUCGCGGGUCUUCUUAUUUCGCUUCUCAACAAUUUCCUCCGCGAAGGGCGCAAGGGACGACCGGGGACUCGUCCAGCACAGGGGAGGAGGAACAAACCUCGAUCAGCGAUAGCACGAGCGACCUGGAUGGUACCCAACAGAUUGGCGGGACCACGAC